UCAGACACCUCAUACAUUGUUUACUUCCGGGACGAUGGGUGAUCGUUUUUGCGCCGCCUGUGAAUGAGAUUCUCUGUGGAAUAUUAACGCUACAAAAGACUGAGAUUAAUCGUUAUAAAAAAAAUCCCGCCUCUUUUAAAGUGCUUAUUGUACGUUUAGUGAACGCCAAAAUGACCGAGGAUGUGCAAAAGCACUCGGUCCACACGCUGGUCUUCAGAUCCCUCAAAAGGACUCAUGAUAUGUUUGUGUCGGAUCAUGCGAAACCAAUCGCACUGGACGAUCACAGUCACAAAGUGAAGAUGUCUUCGAAGUUAAAAGCGGAUUAUGGCGCAGUGUUGCACAUGCCCGUACUCAAGGAAGGGAAGGACAGACCGAUACACGGCGGCCUUCAUGGACACCAGACAAGCACAGAGUCAGGAGACGACCCAGAAUACCUUGUGACCGGGACACACGCCUACCCAUCAGGACCUGGAGUUGCACUGACUGCUGAAACAAAGUUACACAGGAUGCCGAGUGAAGCAGGAGUCCAUUCAAUGGCCUUGACCCUGCCUCCCUCCCAGGCCAGACUAGAUGCCGGCCGCACGGCUGCAAGUGUCGGAGACAUUCACAGACAUGCAGGAAUAGCAGAAAGGUCCCAGCCCCCAAUGUCCUCUUUGGUGCACAUGGAAGCAGGCGGCACCAAGACCUCUGCUCUUGUAAGGAAAGCACCGACCAUGCCCAAACCUGCGUGGCAUCCGCCAUGGAAGCUGUUCAGGGUCAUCAGUGGUCAUCUGGGCUGGGUGAGGUCAAUAGCAGUGGAACCAGGCAACCAGUGGUUUGUCACAGGCUCUGCUGACAGAACCAUCAAGAUCUGGGACCUGGCCAGUGGGAAGCUGAAGCUUUCUCUGACGGGCCACAUCAGCACGGUGCGCGGCGUGGCGGUCAGCUCCCGCAGCCCCUACCUGUUCUCCUGCGGCGAGGACAAGCAGGUCAAGUGCUGGGACCUGGAGUACAACAAGGUCAUCCGGCAUUACCACGGACAUCUGAGUGCCGUGUACGGCCUGGACCUCCACCCCACCAUUGACGUGCUGGUCACGUGCAGUCGAGAUGCCACAGCCAGGGUGUGGGACAUCAGAUCGAAGGCCAACGUGCACACGCUCUCCGGCCACACCAACACCGUGGCAACGGUCAAAUGCCAGGCGGCCGAGCCCCAAAUCAUCACAGGGAGCCACGAUUCCACCAUCAGGCUGUGGGAUCUGGUGGCCGGGAAGACCAGAGCCACGCUGACCAACCACAAGAAGUCCGUCAGGGCAGUGGUGCUGCAUCCUCGACAAUACACCUUUGCUUCUGGCUCUGCUGAUAACAUCAAACAGUGGACGUUUCCGGACGGCAACUUCAUCCAGAACCUGUCUGGCCAUAACGCCAUCAUCAACACUCUGGCGGUCAACUCUGACGGUGUCCUGGUGUCUGGAGCGGACAACGGGACCAUCCACAUGUGGGACUGGAGGACGGGCUACAACUUCCAGCGCAUCCACGCGGCCGUGCAGCCGGGCUCCCUGGACAGCGAGUCCGGGAUCUUCGCCUGCAUGUUCGACCACUCGGAGAGCCGGCUCAUCACCGCCGAGGCCGACAAGACCAUCAAGGUGUACCGGGAGGACGACACAGCGACGGAAGAAAGCCACCCGGUCAACUGGAAACCAGAGAUCCUCAAGCGGAAAAGAUUUUAAUAUUUCCAAUCUUUAUUUGUUUUUUUAUAUCUUCGUAGAAUGGUUCUGACAAAAUCAGUGUCGUAGUGUGGGCUGUACAAAUGCCAACAGUAAAUUGAUUGUGCCUAAUGAGAAACUUCCCAAGACUAAAAGCUACCAUGAAAAAAACAUAUUUCCCCUCACGUUUCUCUUCAUUCAAGAAACCAUUUGCAGUCUUCAGUGUACGACGUUAGUCCAACAAAGCGACCACCUUGGGCCGCCAGGAAUCUCCCGGUGUGUUUGUUCUUGAUGAUGACGGCCCUUUUGCAGCUUUGAUCCAUCUGGUCUGCCAGCAGAAGCCACCUCUCGGUCUCUACAGGACUGUCUGUAGUAUACACACGGUCCCCACUCUCCUCAAGAAGGGCUGUAGUGUACUCAUGGUCCUCACUUUGGUGAGAACCGGUUUUAGUAAACACACAUUCCUUUCUCUUGGGAGAACCGGUUGUAUUCAAACAGUCCUCACUAGGUUGAGAACUGGCAUCGUCCUCACCAUGGAGAUAUCCUGCAAAAGGAAACAUCACUCAAAUUCAAUUGACGCUGCAUGUAUCCAGUUUUUUUUCUUUCUUGUUUUCUAUUGUCCCAACAGAUCGCCAGUUGUACAUAGAGGAAACCUAAUCUUCCCCUCUUCCUGGCUUGCGAUGGCACGUUUAUAUUGGUUCAUUCAUAAUAAACAAGGAAGUUUGGACUGUU